ACGCAAUGGCACAGCGCUUUCCCAACGUUGCCCUCCUCGGGGCAACAGGCAACCUCGGCCCGGCAAUCCUCGACGCCCUUCGCUUCGCCCAGCCCCCCUUCGCCUCCAUCACAGUAUUGACGCGGACUGGUGGCGCAAACUACCCGCCCGACGUGCAAGUCAAAGUCGUCGACUACAGCUCUCAGGACUCUCUCGUACCGGCCCUGGCCGGCGUCGACGCCGUCGUGUCGUCGCUUACACCACGCGGCGGCGACGCGCAGGCCAACACGCUCGCGGCGGCGGUCACGGCGGGCGUGCGCUUCUUCCUGCCGUCCGAGUUUGGGCUCGCGAGCAGUAACGCGGCGCUUAACCGCGACUUCCCUAACUGGGCGGCUAAGGUGGCCGUACAGCAGCAGCUGGCGGCGCUGCGGGCGGCGGGCACCAUCGACUACGCGCUGCUUUACGUGGGGCUGUUCCUCCACUGGGGCAUGCAGGGCAUGCUGGUGGACCUGGCGGGGCGGCGGGCUGAGCUGUGGGACGGCGGCGACACGCCCAUUAGCUUCACGACCGUGGCGAGCAUUGCUGCGGCUGUCGUGGCUGUGCUUGAGGGCAAGGCCGGCGACAAGGUCGAGCUCAGGGUCAAGGACAUCACCCUCACCCAGCGCCGCCUGCUGGAGCUGUCUGUCCAGGCCGUUGGGCUUGAAGGGUGGGUAGUUACUACGUACGAUACCGUGCAGGCGCAUGCCAAGGCCAAGGAGAAUGCCAAGGUGGGCAUUCCGGAUGUCGGGUAUGCGUUCUUGAAGAGGGCUUUCGCAGACGGCGCAUACGGGACGAGGUGGACCGCCGACGAGGAUGAUAGCGCGGCCCUAGGGCUCAAGGAGUGGACCGAAGACGACGUCGUGGCGCUCCUUCAACGUCUGGCGGCGGGUGCGGAUAACUGA